AUGAGCGAGGAAAGGUCGGGAGAGGGCGCCGUCGCCAGUCCUCCUCCUGUCGAGCAAAAGGCGGCUACCACCGUCGAUGCACCAGGUCACACCAACGACGCUUCCGCGGACGCCUCUUCAUCCCUGACGGCUCACGAUUCCAACGCUACAUCCGCCGUUCCGGCCUCGAGCUCAGAGCGUGAUGUCGAAGCGCUGACAGGAGUGCACGAGCGCACCGAGCCCUCUCUCGACUCCAACGCCGCCUCAUCCGCCGCUUCGCACAAUGCAGCUGCUUCCGCUGCCGCUGCAGCAGCAGCACAGGCGGCCGGCGCGCCUCUCAAAAAGUUCACCUCGCUCAACGUCAACAAGCGCUUCCUCGAAAAGGCCGGGCCAACCCCCGCCGCAUCGUCACCGACGCUCAAGCUCGGCACCUCGGUCUCGCCCAGCCCUUCGCACCGCCUCUCUUCCCCGUUGACAUCGUCGCGCCUCACUUCCGCAAAGCUUUCCAGCGUGCCCAAGCCUCAACCCGCAGGAUGGGCGACCACAAAGCCUUCAACGCCCACUCUCAAGGCCGCCACGGCCUCGCCACAGCCUGCAGCGACCGGGUCUGCUUCCACGGCUUCAGCCACCGUCGCCGAUUCAGCAGCUGCGGCCCAACCAGGCUCUUCCGGCCCUCUACCGUCAGAGGCGUCAGCACCUCCGCCAAAAGCUGUCACCAGUCCCAAACCGGCCAACUCCGCUGCCGUCCAGUCCGCCAGUGCCUCCACAGGUGCCGCCGCGUCAGGCGCCGCCGCUUCGCCGCGCCUCGUCAGCAUGGGAAGAGACUCGCCACGACCCGGUUCCGCUGGGCUGGAAAGUGGUUCCGGACAAGGCCGAGCGAGUCCUGGCCUUCGCAAUGCCGCGCUCGGCUCUUCGUUGCGCGCUGCCAGCCCCGCCAGUGUAAGCCGAGCGCCCUGGGCCGGCGUCAAGUCCAGCCUCUCGCCCAACCCCACGCCCGCCGCCCGAGGCAGCACGCUCUCCGACUUCCCCACCGCCGCCGAAGCUGCGCGAGCAAAGCAGGAGCAGGAGGAAAAGGCGGCCGCUGCCGCCGCACGCGAGGCCGCCAAGCAGCAGGCCGCUCUCCAGGCGCUCGACCGCUUCCGCGGCACGUCGCUCGGCUCGGGCAAGCACUGGGACGAGAUGGAGGACGAGGACGGCGGCUUCCUCGGCGAAGUCGUCGAGUUCGGCGACGGCUCUCAGUACAAGAUCCCCACCCACGCCAACAACGACGCGCGCGACAACGACGAUGAUGGUCCGCCCAUCUCCAAGGAAGAUCGAUUCAAGGAUGUCAGUCACGACCGCAGCUGGCCUCAGCGCCAGCCAAUCCGACCAUCCGCCGCCGCGCCGAACGAGCGCCCCAGACCAGCUGCUGCUCAGCCUCCCGCCUGGGGUCCAAUGAGGAAUCGCGAUGUUCCACCUCCUGCGACGGGCGAAAGCGGCCAGGCCGCGGCCAGACCCUCGCGUUCGGAACAACGCGCCGAAAGGGUCAUCAUCCCCACCACAGGCGCAUCCGUCUCGCUUCGCUCGCCCAUCGAAUCGCGCGAUUCCUCGGCCUAUUCGUACGGCCGAGAUCGCAGGCCCGGUGCUGGCGGUCCCGGUGGCUAUGGAGGUCGACAGGACGCACCAGCUCCUCCGGCUGCGCAAGCCGCCUCCGCGCAGGCUGCCCGAGCCUGGGGCCCGUUGGCUCAAAGGCAGGCAUCUCUGAAUCCCGGCGCUGCACCGCCUCCCGCCGCUCCAGUCAAAGCUGCUCCGUCGGCAGAGCCGAAUGCGCUGCCGCAGCCCAAACCAGCUCCUGCUGCUCCCGAACCACACCGACCCGCCGCCGUGCCGGCUUCGGCACAGCAGCAGCCACCGCACCAACAGCAACUGCAGCAAGAGGCACCCCGCGCCAUUCUUCCACCGCGCGAGAGGGCCUCUGUGCCUACGAGAGAGGCUCCAGCUCCCGCCAUGAGCCCAGCAACCACGAACGGCAGGCCUCUGCCCCCUCACCUUGCGAGUGCAGGCCCUGCUGCUCCGGCCAGUCGGCCGCUGCCGCCUCAUCUCGCUCAAAAUCUGCGCCCCGUUGCGCCAGCAGCUCCCAUCGACACGGUCGGGCGCAAGACAUCGCACGCCAUCGAGGAGAUGCCCCGAUCAAGCGGCCCGCAGGAGCCUGUCGUCCCACGCGCAGACGGUCCUGCCAGGCCGCCAUGGGGCCCCAAAGCUGCGGCCACCACCGCUCGCCCCCCUGUCGCUGACGCAGCCGGAGCUGAGGCUUCCGCACCGGUCUCAUCUGCUGCUCCCCCAGCGCCGCCUUCUGCACCAGAGGAAGACGUUCACGCAGCCAUCGAGCGAGCCCGCAAGAGGCGAGAAGAGGAAGAAAAGGCGAGGCUCGCUGAGAAGGAACGUGCCAAGCAGAAGGCACUCGCCAUCGAAGAGAGAAUCAAAGCGGCUCAGCAGCAGCGAGAGAGAGAGGCUGCUGCGCAGAAGGCCGCUGCUCAGAAGCGAGCUGUCGAGGAAGCAGCUGCAGCAGCAGCCACCGUUGCUGCGGCUGCCUCCGCUGCCGCUGCCGAGAACGCCGCAGCCAGGAAGCAAGCUCCUGCCGACACCGCCGCAUCUUGGAGGAACUCGCGCCCAGUCGAUACCGCAGCGGAUCCGGCGAGGUCGCGUAGGCAGCCAGCUCCUGCGGCUCCCAAGGACCAGAUCGUGACGCCAAGCCAAGAACUUGCCGCGAAUCAAGCAGGCACUGAGCAGCGCAAGGAAGCGGUCAGUGCAGCCCGAACCACGCAAGCGGAUUCCGCAGCCAAGCCCGAAGCCGUUGCCGCGAGAGUAGACGCGGUGGACGCUCCGAAGACGAUUCUUGCCCGACCCACGCGGACUGCAAGCAAUCCGACUGCCGAGGAGCGCCCUCGCGAGGCAGCAUCCGUGACAGCCUCGGUCCCCAGGCCGCAGAACUCGGCACAGGAUGCCACCACUCGAGCCUCCAAUCGGUCUGGUCCCAGUCCGAACCCUUCUCACUCCGUGCCUCAGGACAAGCCGGCGCGCAAGAGUUCUCCUCCAGCGUCGAAAACGGCGCCGACAAUCGCGGCUCCUGCUCCCGUGCGACUGUAUCCGGUCGUUCCGAAGGAGCCGCAGGAGACAAGGCACGAGGUGGUUCAAGAUGCACCGCCCGCCUGGAACCGCUUCGUCGUCCAUCUCAAGGCCUCGCGUUCUCGCCCCAGGCUCAAUCGCUUCCAACAGAAGCAGCUUGCCGCAAGGGUUGCAGCCAUGAAUGCUCCAGGCAGGCACGUCUAUCCUCUUACUUGGGACCCUCCUCUCGCACAUCUGUCCAUGAAGACGCUGUCGCGAGACGACCAGCUUUUCUCGAAACGAUACAACCGUGGUACCGUGAUCACGCCAGUCAAUCUGCCGUCGCGCAUCCUGCCGCGCGGCCUUGCUUCGAUCGUGCCGCAAAUCGUAGCGCAGAGCCCUGCCUUUGGAGCGAGGAAGCAAGCUCGCUUCGACCUGACGCCGCAAUGGUCCGAGCUCGACCGCGCCGGAUUCGGCAACGGAGCCGCGGUCGAAGGGCAGUCUGCCGGCGUAUCGCCCGGUGGCCAAAUCCAGGUGCGCCUGCCUGGCCAUCACGCCACUGUCGUUCCACCUGGAUCCGUCGGCUCGGUGCCCGACAGGCACAGCGCCGCAGCGACGUCGCGUCAUGUCGACCGCGCCACCGAUGCCAUCAUUGGCGAGGUCCUGUCGUCGGGUGGGGCUCCGCAGCAGUCCUCGUUUGAGGAUCGCAGCAGGGCAUUCCACGUCGGCGCCGCGCCUGGCUCCUUGGGUCCUCUCGACUACCCGCAAAACGGAUAUGCGGCGGACGCCUUUGGCUCGCACACCGCACCUGGUGCCUUCCGUUCCAAGGGUCGACGAGGUUCCAACGCCGCCGUGGCCUUCUUCGACGAGCGCCAAGUCAAUACGCCUUCUCCCGUGUCUUUCAUGGUCAACAGCGAGAUCAAGGCCGAGGCUGGCGGGCCGCGCGGCAGUCUGUCGCCAUUCGGCAUCCCUGGUUCAACCAGGGCAUCGCAGACCCAGACGCCUGCCAGCAGCGGCUCGAUGCUGCCCUCGCCAAGCCUCUCUACGCAGGGAACGUGGGGUCAGAGUUCGCUCACCUUCCCGGUGCUCGAGCCUCGUUCUGCAAACCUGGCGGAUCGCGACCACAUCAAGAGCGUGUGGUCGCUGACUACCAACUCGCACUCUGGCGAGUUGCAGAAUUCACUCAAGGACAUUGGCGACGAUUUCUUGCCUUCGACCAUGCCGAUGAGCGUGCAUGAUUUCCGUACUGACGAAAGCCGCUUGACCGGCGCGCGGGAGGAGGGCGGCGAUCGAUGGGGCUCGUCGUCGUUCAACCGUUUCCAGGCGUACAGCCGUGGUGCGCCCGAUAUGGGCGGCGAUGGUCGUGACCUUUCGCCUGUGGCCAACCGACCGAACGGAUUCGAUCCUACGUCUCGCAGCCCGUCUGCAAGCAUGGAUGCGUCGGGUGUUCGUGCGCGAGAGGCCGGCCAGCACCAUUCGGUCUCGAGUGCAUACACGUCGCUCGGCGGAAGCGGAGCAUAUGCGCAGCACUCUUCGCACCAGACCUCGCCGUACUCGCCGCGUGAGCGACAGCAGGAAGGCGGCAACGGUCUUGGGCAGAGUGGCUUCAGCGCCUAUGGCGGAUACUCGAGCGGCACCUCGGGCAACAUGUCGAGCAUGACUACCGACGCUCUGUACGGCAUGUCGAGCUACAGCGGCGGCUCAAUGACGCCAAACCGCACUUCGUACAGCCAGUACGGAUCGCACGCGUCGGCGGCUCGAAGUGCGCCCGGUUCGCCGUACAGCGGCAUGAGCCGUCACACGAGCAAUCUGACGAGCUCGGUGGCGGGCUACUCGCUGUUCCCCAGCAGUGGCACAGCGGGCGGCACUCGCGGCUCGCCCGCGAGCAAUGGCAUGGACGGGCUCGGCGUGCUGGACGAUAGCAUGGCCGGCACGUUUGGAUCCGGACGCAACGACUUCUACGGCGCGAGGGGAUACCAGCAGGCGUCGCGGUACGGAUCGGGCUCGCAGGCGCAGCCGCCAUCGGCAACGUCGGGUGCGGGCAGCACAGGAGCCCAGUGGCCCGCGUCUUCUACCGCCUCGCCCAGUGCGAGCGGCAGCGUCUUACGGCCCGCAGCGAGCGUGUUCAAUCCGCAGCAGAAGUACUCUGCCGGUGCGCAGCAGAAGGCCAAGCAGCAGAGCCAACAGCAGGCCGCCCAGCAGCAGCAGCUGCAGCAGGAACAGCAGCAGGAACGUGCAGACGACUCGGGCGCACACGCCGCCUACGCAUCGCAGUACGCCUCGGCACCCUAUGCCGGCUUCUCGUCCACUCCCGGACUUUGGUAG